GCCCACACCCCAUCUCCACCCCCCCCCCAGCCCAGUUUAGGCCCCGCCCCCAGCACCAGUUCCACAUAGCUCUCCCAGUAUAGAACUGGGCAACCCAGUGCAUCCUCCCAUUAUAACCCAGUGCAGCCAAGAGCCCUCCUCCUCAUCUAACCCAGUGCAACCCACUGCCCUCCUCCCAGUAUAACCCAGUUACACCCAGAGAACCUCAGAAUGGUUGAGGUUGGAGGCCAUCUGGUCUUGAUGGCCCUCUAUGGGACUCGUUCCAGUAUGUCCAGGUCUCUCUUGGACUGGGAGGCCCAGAACUGGGCCCAGUACUCCAGGUGGGGAGGUUCCUCAUAAGAUUCUCCUCAGGGUUCUUCUUGGGGUUCUUUUUGGGGUUCUUCUUCUUGAGGUUCUUCUCGGGGUUCUUCUUGAGGUUCUUCUCGGGGUUCUUCUUCUUGAGAUUCUUCAUGAGGUUCUUAUCGUGGUUCUUCUUGGGGUUCUUAUCGAGGUUCUUCCCAGGGUUCUUCUCGAGGUCCUUCUUGGGGGUUCUCCUUGAAAUUCUUCUUAGGGUUCUCAUGACAUUCUUAUCGAGGUUCUUCAUGAGGUUCUUCUUGGGGUCCUUCUCAAGGUUCUUCUCCAUCCAUCCCCAGGCAGAGCUCCGUGCUCUCCAGCCACUCAUUCACAUAGAGAGCACCACGUAGGGGUUGGGGCAGGAGUCUUCCUCCCACCACUUUCCCCCUUCCCCUUCUCCAGAGGCCGUGUUAACCUCAGUGGUGGGGACAGAUGCUGUCGUCUUCUCGCAGCGGUCGGGGGCUCUACGUUUGAUACCGCGCCACAUCCUUAAAUGCUCUCGUAAAUCCUCCUCCUCUUGGUGGAACAGCUCUUCUAAGAUGGCCACCUCCAGCGCAGCUCUUGAGAUGUCACAUGGCAAAAAAAAAAAAAAGCCAUGAAAGGGGAAGGAGGAGGAUGGGGGCUUGUUAUGAAAGCGUCCCGAAAACCCGCGAUGCGCAGAGGCCCAGCUUCCCAAAAUGCGGCCAAAGAGCACUUGCUGAUGGGAAGCACAGAAAAAUUGUUUGCUCUCUCAUCACUUUUGCGUGGCCUUUGCUUUUAUUUUAACCUUUUUUAUUUUUAACCUCUUUUAUUUUUUUCCCCUUUAUUUAAAUUAUCCUUAUCUCCAUGCGUGAACCAUUUUCUCCCCAUCAUAUUUUCUCCCCCCCACUCCCUCUUCCUUUGAGCAAGCAGCGUGGAUGGGCCUAACCUCUUAUUUAUUUAUUUAUUUAUUUAUUUUUUCUCCUCUAAUUACAUGAUCCUUAUCUCAAUACGUCAGUCUUUUUUUCCCCAUCACAUUUUCUCCCCCAUGUCCUUUGGGCGAGCGGCGUGGCGGGCCUCAGCUGCCCAUCGGGGUGAAACCGCCACGUCUCCACAGCCUCUUCUGACCAAAUCUCCAUCUGCAUCGUGGCCUCCACUCCCUCAGGAAUAUUUUCUCCAAAAUCUAUUGCUCUUUGGUGUUGGUCGUAACAAGGAACAUGCCGAAUACCGAAUAUCAACCAUUUUCUUUGAAAUCCACAACACGCCUUCUGCACAAGCUGCUCCAGACCUGGCCUCUCCACUUAAAGGGGAGCUUGGCCUUCCCUGAUGUCAGAGGGAGGAGAAAGCAGCCGAGGAUGACCGAACCAGCAGACGGGAUGACACGGCCCUGCCCCUCCCGGUCCUCCUCCUUCCUCUCCCUCCUCCUCCUCCCUGCCCGCCACCCCCUGGCCCUGCUGGUGGCGGUGACGGUGACGCUGCCUCCGCCCGUGCUCCCCUAUGGCUUCCGCAACUGCAUCGAGGCCGCCUGGGCCCCGGGACUCUUCCGCUGCAUCCAACGCUACCUGGAGUCCCCGGGGCCGGCCGUGUCCGACCUCCCGCCGCGGGCCUACGCCCUCAACCUCUCCCACAACUCCCUGCGCCUCCUGCCGCCGGCCUCCUUCGCCCGCCUGCCUCACCUCCGCAGCCUCGAUCUGGCCUACAACCGCUUGCAGACCCUCGCCCCCGGCGCCUUCGAUGGCCUCGGGGAGCUCUCGGCCCUCGACCUGUCCUACAACCGCUUGGCCGCCUUGGCCGACGGCGUCUUCGCCGGCUUGGGCAACCUGUCGUCGCUGUGGCUGCAGAGGAACCCGCUGGGCUCGGUGUCCCCGGGGGCCUUGGCGCCCUUGGUCAACCUCCAGUGCUUGUCCCUGCGGGGAGGGAGGCUGGGAGGGCUGGGGGUGGUGGCGGAGGCGGUGAAGAGCCUGGGGAGGCUGCGGGCCCUGGACCUGUGCUGCAACAACUUGACGACGCUGGGGCCGGGCCCGCCGCUGCCGGCCUCGUUGGUCAACCUGCAGCUGUGCAACAACUCCCUGGGGGGGCUGCUGGGGGCCAGCCCGGCCACCCUGCGGCACGUGCGGACCCUCGACCUGUCCUACAAUGGCAUCUCACGGGCGGAGGACUUCAUCCCGCUCCGCCUGCGUAACCUCAGCCUCCUCCACCUCUCCGGCAACCCCUUGGACGUCUUCCGCCUCCUGGAAGUCUCCGACAUCCGCCCCCACAGCCUGGAUUUCUCCGGGUUGGCGCUGGGGGACGGCGGGGUGGACAAGGUGUGCCAGAGGCUGAAGGACCGCUGGGCCUUGUGGAGGCUGAAGCUACAACACAACGGGUUGCAGAAGCUGCCCAACGGCACGCUGGCCUCCUGCCCCGUGCUGAAGGAGCUGGACCUGUCCUACAACCGGCUGCGGUGGGUGGGCUGCGUGGGCGGCUUGCUGCGGGGGGAGCAGCAGGGGGAGCUGGCGGCGUUGACGGUGGAGCACAACCUCCUGCAGCGGCUGCCUUCCUGCUGGGGGGCCACGGAGCUGCCGCGCUUGUACAACGUCUCCUUCCGCUACAACCGCAUCCUGACCAUCGGGCCCAAAGCCUUCGCCUACGCCCCGGCCCUGCGGGUGUUGAAGCUCAACAUCAACAGCUUGGCCCGGCUGGACCGGGAGGCCCUGAGGGGGCUUCGCAACCUGACGGAGCUGCGGCUGGACAACAACCUCCUGACCGACCUCUACCCCGGCUCCUUCGCCGACCUCGGCAGCCUGCGCACCCUCAACCUGCGCAACAACCACGUCUCCGUCCUCUUUCCCGGUGUCUUCAGGGGCUUGGCCAGCCUCCAGACCUUGGACCUGGGGGGCAACAACCUGCGCCACUUGGCCUCCCGGUCGCUGCUGGGGGUGCCCAUCCUGAGCAAGCUGUACCUGGACCGCAACCGGCUGCUGGAGGUGCGCAGCGAGGUCUUCGCCCCGGUGCAGGCCACCUUGGGCGUGCUGGACCUGCAGGCCAACAACCUGCAGUACAUCACGCAGCGGCAGCGGCAGCAGCCCCCCUUCCGCAACCUCAGCCGCCUCUACGACCUGAAGAUGCAGGCGCAGCAGCCCUACGGGCUGAAGGUCCUGCCCCACCGCUUCUUCCAGGGGCUGGUGGGGCUGCGGUCGCUGUCGCUGUCGCAGAACAAGCUGUUGGCCAUCCCCGCCGACGUCUUCCAGGACCUGGGCCAGCUGAAGUUCCUGACGCUGGCCGACAGCAGCAACGGGAUGCAGGAUCUGCCUGACGGCGUCUUCAGGAACCUGGGCAACCUGCACACCCUGGACCUGGAGAACGUGGGGCUUCACUCGCUCACCCUGGAGGUCUUCGGCAACCUCAGCCGGCUGCGGGUGCUCAAGUUGGCCAAGAACGAGCUGAAGACCUUCAACUACAGCGUGGCCAACAGGCUGCCAUCCCUGCGCUACGUGGACCUGCGCAAGUGCCCGCUGAGCUGCACGUGUGACAACACGUGGCUGCAGAGCUGGCUGAACAACAGCCGCGUGCAGGUGGUCUACCCCUACAACUACACCUGUGGCUUGCACCACCACGCCUACGUCCACAGCUUCGACACCCGCGUCUGCUUCCUGGACCUGGGCUUCUACCUCUUCACCGGGACGGUGCCGGUGGUGCUGCUGCUGCUGGUGGUGCCCGUGGUCUACCACCGCGCCUACUGGCGGCUGAAGUACCACUGGUACCUGCUGCGGUGCUGGGUCAACCAGCAGUGGCGGCGGGAGGAAGAGCGCUACGUCUACGACAGCUUCGUGUCCUACAACUCGGCCGAUGAAAGUUGGGUGCUCCAGGAGCUGGUGCCCGAGCUGGAACGCGACUCCUUCCGGCUCUGCCUGCACCACCGUGACUUCCAGCCGGGCCGCAGCAUCAUCGACAACAUCGUGGACGCCGUCUACAACAGCCGGAAGACGGUGUGCGUGGUGAGCCGCAGCUACCUGCGCAGCGAGUGGUGCUCCAUGGAGGUGCAGCUGGCCAGCUACCGGCUGCUGGACGAGCGCCGUGACGUCCUGGUGCUGGUGCUGCUGGAGGACGUGGGCGACGCCGAGCUGUCCGCCUACCACCGCAUGCGGCGGGUGCUGCUGCGGCGCACCUACCUGCGCUGGCCCCCCGAGCCCCCCGCCCAGCCCCUCUUCUGGGCGCGGCUGAAGAAGGCGUUGAGGUGGGGAGAGGGGGGUGAGGAAGAGGAGGAGGAAGGUAUGGGGGCAGGGGCAGGUAGGCGUGGGAAGGGAGAGGAGCAGGUGUAAUGGGGGGGGACAACUGGACAUAGGGUGGGGGAGAACCAGGUGGAGGGUGGAGGACACCAAUUGGUGGGAGGGGGGAGGUCAAGAGCUGGUCAUAGGGUGGAGGAGAACCAGCCAUAGGGUGGAGAAGAACCAGCCAUAGGGUGGAGAAGAACCAGCCAUAGGGAGGAGAACCAGCCAUAGAGUGGAGGGCACCAACCGGUUGUAGGGUGGAGAACCAGCCAUAGGGUGGAGGACAACACCUGGCCGUAGGGUAGAGGAGAAGUGGCUAUAGGGUGGAGGACAACUGCCUGCAGGGAGGCCCACAGUAGGGCUGUUCUCACCCCAAACCAACUGUUCCCCUCCAAGCAGACCCCAAAAUGGUUUAUCUGACCCCAGCCCGCUGGUUCUCCUCCAAUCAAACCUAUAAAGAUUUUUAUCUCACCAAAAACACCAUGUUCCCCUUCCAAAGGACCCAAACGUGGCUUUUCUCAGCCCAAAAUACCAGAUUCCCCUCUGAAAUGGACUCUGACACAACUUUUCUCACCCCAAAAUGCCACAUGACCCUCUAAGAUGCUCUAAAAGGGGCUUUUCUCACCCCAGACCACAAGCUUUCCCACCUAACAGACCCCCAAAAGGCUUUUCUCACCCCAGACUGACUCUUUCCCUCCAAAAGGAUCCCAAAAGGGCAUUUCUCCCCAGAAACUGUCAGGUUCCUUUCCGAGCAGACCCAAGAACAGCUUUCCUCACCCCAUAUUGUCUGUUUCCCCCCAAAAGAACCCCAGACCAGUUUUUCUCACCACAAACCGCCAGGUUUCCCUCUGAAAAGACCCCAGAAUGGCUUUUCUCACCCCAAAGAGCCUGUUCUCAUCCCAAAGGACCCCAGAAGUGCUUUUUUUCUCCUGUAAAGUAGGGCUUGAGAGGCGGUUCCCCCAAGGUGCCACUGCCCUGGGGUGCUGAAGCCUAAUAAAGGGGGGGGGUCCUCAAUAAAUCAAGGAUCCCCC